AUGGCGUCUCAUCCUCAAAACUCCCCUUUUUCUCCAAAGAGAAUGAAAACAUCAACGUCAGAAUUCCUUACUACUCAACUUACUACUCAAACACCUUCAAUGAACUUUGGAGGUUCCGGAUCGGUUAGGCAUUCUUCCGGGUCAUUAAACGGAGACUCUAUUAAAAUUGCCUCCUUAUUGAACCCAAGCACCUCUUCUCAUUUUGAACCUAGCUCAACAUUCGCCGCUCCUCAUCCGUCUGGAAAUUUCCUGCCUCCUUCCGGUAAUGAAUAUCCUCCUCUUCCUUCUUCUCAAAAUCAAAGGUUUCUCCUACCAACUCCCGUAAGUUCUUCACGGGACUUGAUAAGCUCCUAUUCUUCUUCCCUUCCAAAGUAUAGUCUGGGAAGUGUUUUGCCUCCCAUAAGACAGAAUUUUAUCAGCUCAAAGGACCAAUCAGUUCCUACUGGUACUGUAUUGUCUGGUGAAUAUAUACCAGUGCCUCAAUCCCUGAACCCGUGCGAUAUCCCUUCAACUUCAGUCCAACAGCAGCAAAAACUUCUGCCGCUUUCUUCUUCUAUUCAAAAUAACCUCGUCCACUCAUCUCCUAUCAUUUUCGAAACAAAUCCCCUUUCACCUCCAUCAACCGCCCCUCGUCCUUUUCGCUGUAACAGGUGUGGGAAACGGUACAUGACUGCUGCCCAUCUAAACCGCCAUGAAAUCAUUCACACUGGCGUUCGUCCUUAUGAAUGCCCUUAUCCCGAUUGCAAUUCGAGAUUCUCAAGACAUGACAAUUGUAUGCAGCAUUUCAGGACUCAUAACAAUCCACAGAGUAAGAUUAACAAAAAAAUGAGGAGAGAGAAGAGAAAAAAGCAACAAUACCCAUGUUUAGAUCCUUGA